CAAAGAGACCACUGAAGCAAAGACAGCAGCAUGAGAAUGCAGAGAGACUAAUCCAGUCUGAAUGCUGUUGGAUUAUUUCUUGGCAGAGAGCUCCAUCUACCUGUGGAGUUUAGAACUUCUCAUUCUGCUGUUUGAAGUUAAUUUGUCAGAAUAUAAAUUAUAUUUCUGCUAAAUGGUUUGUCUCUCUGUUUUCAGGUAGUCUUCUCUCUGGUUCACCCACAUAUAUAAUCACCAAAGUUGGUUAUUGAAACUUUCUUGUGAAAGCAGGACCGGAAUGUGCCUGUUUUAAGAUGAAGACCUUGACGGACCAGUUUAUAGGUGAAAGCGAAACUAACAUGCAGUCGGAGUUGAAGGGGAAAACCAUCCACCUAAACUCUACUUUCUCCGAGAGAUAUCAACACAGAGCAGGAGCUGAGGGCAAAGAGAAGACACACCAACAUGACUAACUUUUCCACAAUCUACAAGCUGAGCCUGGUGGCUGUGAUCUACCUAGUCCAAGCCUGCAGCUGCAGCUGUCCGGUGGUGGAGUGCUGGUUUGUGCAGGAGAAGGUGGGUCGAGGAGGUUUAACUGCAGCCACAAGCCAGGAAAAAACCCUUCUUUACAUCAGCACAGACGAACACAGACACACUGCAGAGUCUCAGAGAGCUCCGUCUGACGACAGAGUCUAUUUUUUUAGCGACCCUGCUGGCACUCUCUGCCUCCCCUCCCCUCCCAAAGGCUUGAUCAAGAAGCCCCAGUGUGAGAUCAACCCCUUCCUGCCGCAGCCCUCUGACCUCAGGUGGGUCGCUCCCCUCACAGAAUCCACCCUGAGCCCCAUAUACCUGCAAGCUGAUUGGUUUACAACCUCCCAUCAGGACUUCAAACAAGAGCAGACCAUUUCCAGUAUCACACGUGCUCCAACUGCAAGCAAAGAGCACAACGUGAUCCUCAGUGUGACCAGUAAAACACUCUCGGUUAAGUCCAGACUCGGGGAACCAGUGCUGCUAGACUGUGGCUUCUGGGUGGACCCGUCCUCGCCUCUCUCUGGGUCUGGUUUUGCCGUAGAGUGGCGCUACCAGUUCAGAGGAGACGGACGGCUGGUUCUGGCAUACGACGGCAAGACAGACCGCUUGGCUGAUACACAAGAAGAGGGGGCCACACUGGACUUUGAGGGUGUGCACGAGAAGGGAAAUGCCUCCCUGAUCCUGCAGGAGGCUAAAGUGCGUCACUCAGGGAUGUACAUCUGCACCGUGUUUCUGCCGUACCUCAUGGCUCAAGUGACGGUGGAGCUUGAGAUUGUUGAACCGCCAUCCCUCUCCAUCUACCCCUCACCUCUGCCCCUCAUUGUUCCCGGCCACACUUUGGUCGUUCAGUGUGAGGCGUCAGGUUUUGCCCCUCUUUCCCUGGAACUGAGCUGGGAGUUUAAAGGUGCAGACGGGAAGUCCAGGUCUCUGGGAUCAGGCAGCAUAACGGGCCACAGGCAGGCGUGGGACGGUACCUUCGGCCAGAGCACCCGGCUGGAGCUCGACACGGCUAAGCAGGACCUGGGCAGAGGAGGGGAGGUCACCUGCGUGGCUGUUCAUCUUGGAGGCACACGGCGGGCCAGCGCGACUCUCAAUGUCAUCGGGUUCAGUGCUCCCUCCAUCGAGGACUCGAUGGCGAUGGUCGGUGUAGCGCUGGUGCUCUACGGUCUCAUCAAGUUUGUCUCUUGGACCUUCAUCAGCUCAGGCUCAGAUGGCGGCGAUAAACAAGACAAGAAAGACAAGUAAAGAAGAGUGAAGUCCACCGUUGGUCAACCAUAAAACCUGCUCUUCAUGGAUGGGGUUUCGCAAGUAACUGUCCUCUACCGCAUGCUGUGUUUUUUUUUUUCAGUGAGUGUUUUUUAAGAGUUUUUUUGUGAACAGUUCCAGGAAGAAAAUUUCUUCAGCUUGUACUCAUACAGUUCUGUAUCAUGUGUUGCUUACUCUAAUGUAAACAAAUAGAAAUGAUGCUCAGGAGAAGACAAACUUCAAAUCUGCAAGAGAAACAUUUUCUGUAAAGGGCCUCUAAUUGGUCAAAACAUGUGUUGUGAUCAUUCCUUCAGCCUCCACUGUAAAAGCAAUAGAACCAUUAUCACAUACUGGAGUCCUUGAUUCAUGCUUUGUUGUUGUAUAUUGUCUCAAACACUGGUAAAGAGCAAGAAGACGUCUAAAGAAGUAUUGAAGUAUCACCUCCAGUUUACCAAUAAUGAUUUCUUACCACUCUCAAAUAUGUUUUUAGCUGUCUGAAUGGCCAUAUUUGUGUUUUGGUUUAAAGUAACGCAUUAUAAAAAAAAUUUGUAAAUGAUACAGGACAUUUAAGUCGUCAAUAUUAUGACACAGGCCAAACUCCAAAACAGAAGGCUGUUGUUGUAAAUACAGAGAAAAUAAUGAAUGUAAAUAUUAGAACUAGUAUUUUGUGUGUUUUUUAAUGUGAUGGUAGAGCUAAUCACACGGCGGUUGUAAUUAUUGUUUGAUAACUCAAAGAAAAAUGUGAAGGAAAUGGUUCGACCGCAGUGCUGACAUCUGCUGAAUGAUAAAUAAACUAAGUUGGCAAAAU